AUUGAAACUCCAAGAUUUUUUUUUUGUCAAAUUGAAAAAUUAAAUCAAAUUUUCCUUUUUUGUUUUCAGUUUUCGGUAAACGAUCGAUUGGAUCUUGUAAACCUUUGAUUGAUCCAAAAUUGAAAAACAUCGACCAAAAAACAAAUUUCAAAAUUGAAAAGCAAUAACGAAAAAUUGAGCAAAAAUGUCAUUUCAAUCAAUGUUGGAAAGUAAUGAAUGUGGCCAAACAAAUCCGAUGAUUGAUCUGGCUCGUCAGCUUGCCCAGUCAUCAUCAUCAUCAGCAGCCGUAGAUAAUUCAAUGGCUAAUGCUACAACAAUAAUAAAUGAAUCAAUGGCAUUUGAUAAUUCGAUACGACAACAACAAUCGGAUAAUACAUUAUCAUCGGCUGUUGAAUCUUUAUUAUUAAAUAGUAAUGGUGGUGGUAUUAUUGAUGAUUCAUUAGAAUCAUCCGCAUUCAAUAUGGAAUCAUUAUUGAAUGAAAUGAAUCGUAUGGAAUCGAAAAUAUUGUCCACUGUUAAUGAUGAUGAUCAAAAUAUUGUUGGUGUUAGUCAACCACCAGAUUCAAUUCGUUCAUUAUUGAAAACUGAACAGGAUCCAUUUUGGAAUGAAAUUGCACCAAAUCUAAUGUAUGAUGAUAAUAAUGAUGGUGUUGGUUUUAAUCAACAACAACAACAACAUGAUAAUAAACUACCUGAAUUGAAUGUUGAUUGGGCUGAUGAAUAUCUACGGAAAUUAGAAUUGAACAAUAAUAAUAAUAAUGAUGAAAGUUCAACAAUUAAAGUUUCAAAUGUUCAAGUUGGUGGUGGUGAAUCGGAAAAUCAAAAUGGUGGUGUUGAUGGUAGCUGGGAUUUGAAUGAAAAAGUACAUCAAAUUCAAACUGAUCAAUGUUCAACAAAUAUUGAUGAUAAUUAUCGUCAACAAUCGGUUGAUAAUGUUGAAGAAUUUUUUCCACAACAAUCAUAUCUACCAUUUUUACGUCCAGUUUUACGUCGUCAAGAUUUUGGUACAUCAACAGCAAUUAGUGAUGCAAAUCUAAAUGAUUUAGUAUCGGAUCAAGAAAGUCGUUUGAUUAAUAUGUUGUUGGGAAAUAAUCAAACUGGUGAAAAUAUUUCAUUAUCAUCAUCGUUUCAAACAACAAUAUCACCACCAUUACAACAACCAUCAGUAAUUGGAUCAAUGGCUAAAGUUGAAAUUCAACCAGAAAAAACUGUCGAUAUUGAUAUUCGACAAGGAGAAAUGUUGAUGACUGAUGGCCAAUCAUCUCAACAAUUAGAUCAACAACAACCACCAACAACCGCAACAAAAUCAUCUAUAAAACUUGAUAAUGAUCAAAAAAUGAAUGAAAAUUUUUUCUAUGAAAAUCAAUUUGAUGAUAUGGAAUUUUGGAUGAAAUUGGCUGAAGAAUGGCAUUCAAAUGAUAUGACUGGUGGUGAUUUAUUGGCCGAUGUUGAUCAAAAUGUUGUUCAAAUUCGUGAACCAUUAGAAAAUCUAUUAAAAUCUGAUCAUCGUUAUUAUUAUAAAUUAAUGGAAAAUAAUCCAUUUGUUGUUUCUUCGAAUGAAUCAUCCGAAACGAAAAACAACGAUGCAGUAGAAUCGCAGAAUUAUAUUGAACAAGGUAAACAACGUAUGCAAAUUGGUGAUCUAUCAGCUGCUGUAUUAUUGUUUGAAGCUGCUGCAAAACAACAACCAGAAAAUAUUGAAGCAUGGUAUUUAUUAGGCAUUGCUAAUGCUAAAAAUGAAAAUGAUCAUAAAUCAAUUGCUGCAUUUAAACGAUGUUUAUCAUUACAACCGAAAGAUGAACAAAUUAUAUUGGAUUCAUUAAUGUAUUUAGCAGCUAGUUUUACAAAUGAAUCAAUGACAACUGAAGCUUGUAAUGCAUUACAAGAAUGGUUAAAUAAUCAUUCGAAAUAUCGUGAUUUAGCUAAUAAAGAAUCGGAUGAACCAUAUCUUGGUCCAACACCAUUAUCAAAACGAUGGAUACAGAAAACAGCACGUAUUGGAAAUCCAUUUUCAAAUGGCCUAUUUGAUUCACUUCGUGAAACAUUCAUAGAAGCUGCCCAAUUAUCAACAACAGAUGAACAAUCUGAUCCUGAUGUUCAAUGUGGUCUUGGUAUUCUACAUAAUCUAUCCGGUGAAUAUGAAAAAGCUAUUGAUUGUUUUCGUUUGGCAUUAGAAUCCCGACCGGAUGAUUAUUUAUUAUGGAAUCGUUAUGGUGCAUCAUUGGCAAAUGGUGGUCGUGCUGAAGAAUCAAUGUCUGCUUAUCGUGAAGCAUUAAUUCGUUAUCCAGGUUAUAUACGUGCCCGAUAUAAUCUAGCAAUAUCAUGUAUGAUGAUGGGUUUUGGUGAAGAAGCUGCUGAACAUUUACUUUCGGUAUUACAAUUACAAAAUGCUGGUGCUGAUUCAAUUAAAGAUAUGGUCGAUCUGAAUCGAGAUAAUAUUACAUCAACAUCAAUCUGGAGUUUAUUACGAUCAGCAAUGUCAAUGCAUGGUCGUAUUGAAUUAUUGGAUUUGGUUGAUAAACGUGAUCUUGAAUUAUUGAUCAAAGAAUUUCAACAAAAACCAAAAUCACAAGAAACAGAAAAUGAUGAUGAUGAUGAAAUUGUUGCUGGCAAUGAUAAUGAAGAUGGUAAUCAUGAAAAUCAAUCCAAUAUUGAUUGACUACAGAAAUGUAUCGAUAGUAAUAUAAUGAUAAAUGAAGCGAAUUGUAAGAUACAAAUGAUCAAUAUUGAUCAU